CAACUGGAAUAGAAUAGUUGUGUUGUGUUGUAGUGGUGCUGGUGUAGUGCAGAUGCAGUCAGUUGACUGUAGUUAAUUUCACCGCCAGUGCGAAAAUCUCAUUAACUAGUUAGUUAUUAUUCACUCACUAGUUACUAAUCAGAAAGUGGGCAGUCAGAAAAUUGCGAAGCUUGAAUGUUGAAACUCGGAAAGUUAACUGAACUGAAACAAAUUAAUAACAGGCCUAAGAGUUGGAUAUAAUAUAGGUUAUGUUGCAAGUUUAACAAGGAGGACAAAGUAAAUUUUCAAUUUGGCUGCCACAUAAUAGAAAAUGCCUUCCAUCAAUUUAAAUCUGUUGCCUAUGAAAGGGCAUUACUUUCUUUUCAAUGCAGGAACUUCCCCCAUUGUGCCAUUUAUGCCUACUCUAGCCCGCCAGUUGGGGUUUUCUUCGGUGGUGGUGGGGUCUCUUUACACUGCCCUCCCAAUCAUGGGAAUGUUGGUUAAGCCUACUAUGGGAGCACUAGCUGAUAGGUACAAAUGUCAAAAGGCCCUGUUUCUUGCCUUCAUCCUGCUGACCAUUGCCAGUUUCUUUCCACUGCAGUUUGUCCCGGGACUGCCAGUUGAGUCAGCAGCUGAUUUCCAUUGCCAUCAGAUCUCAGACUUGAAGAUAUGUGGAACGGACAGCUGUGUGGCUGAUCAACUGAUAGCUGAAGGCUCAGGAAAUACCACUAUUUACUGUAAGAUGAGGUGUGAGCUAGGAUCAGGGUUUCUACAGACAGUGUGCCGAGACUGGAACUGGUCAUCUCUGUGCGAGAAGAGUGUGCCUGUGUUGACUAUCCUUGGUGACACUCGUGCUACCACAUCUCCUCAGUCAGUAGCUUUCAAUGCCUUGUUAUCUCCUCAGCACACCCUGCCCCUUGAGAACAGUGAUUGUCUGUUCACACGUGUCAGCAAGGUACAACUGGCCGGUGGAGAUGUGUGGCACACUCCCUACUGCAACACCAGCCUGCAGAUAGCACAGUGCCGCAUGCAGUGUCAGAGUGACACACUGUCUGACCUCACUAACCUGUCCAACUCUCAAGUGAUCUCCCACUACCAGUUCUGGAUGUUCACCUCUCUACUUGUGUUCAGCUGGAUCGGGAUGGCAGUAGUUGUCAGUGUUGGUGAUGCCAUCUGCUUCACUAUCCUCGGCGAUCAACCUGGCAAAUAUGGUAACCAACGUAUGUGGGGAUCUGUAGGCUUUGGUCUGUGUGUGAUCGUGGCUGGCUGGUUGGUGGACACUUGGAGUGCUGGAAUGGCACAUAAGGACUAUACUCCUGUCUUCUACAUGAUGGCAGUGAUGUUGACACUUGACUUUGUUGUCUCUUCCAAAAUAAAGUACACACAAACACCUCAGGCUGCUAGUAUAUUACGCAAUGUUGGGAAAAUGUUCAAAGACAUCCAAGUGCUAGUGUUUCUGCUGUGGUUGGUUGUUGUUGGAAUGUGCACAGCUUUAAUAUGGAACUUCUUAUUUUGGUAUUUGGAAGAACUGGCUGAUAAUUACGGGUGCUCUGUGACGCAGCAGUGGAUUAAAACAUUGGAGGGGUUAGUUAAUGGUGUCCAGUGCUUCGGGGGAGAGAUUCCGUUUUUCUUUCUAUCAGGCUGGAUACUGAAGAAGAUCGGCCAUACACACGCUAUGUCACUGGUGCUGUUUGCCUUCAGUAUCCGGUUCCUGCUGUAUUCCACUCUGACGAACCCAUGGUGGUGCCUGCCUAUCGAGAUGCUCAACGGGCUCACGUUUGGUCUACUAUACGCUACCAUGGCAUCGUACGCUAGCCUGGUGGCACCACCUGGCACCGACACCACAGUACAGGGGCUAGUCGGAGCCAUCUUUGAGGGAAUCGGGGUGUCAAUGGGCAGUUUCUUGGCUGGUUUGAUGUUCGACCAGAUGAGUGGUGCCAUGGUGUUCAGGAUAUCUGGGUUGGCUGUGCUGGUAUUAUGUGUCCUGCACAUCUGUGCUCAGUUCUUCAUCAGCCGCAGACACAUCCUCGUAGUCGCCUCUGGCAAAGCUCCAGAAACGCAGUAAAGAGUCCAGUUUGCAGAUUUUCAUCAUGGAGCGCACUACGCAAGUCCAAAUGAGGCAAUUCACAUGUUGGAUGAGCCUACAUACGAGUCUUUCACAUAGCAUCCGACUCCACUAGCUACCACCACCACCACCACCGUCACCACCACCACCACCUCAGUCCGUUGCUCAAUACACAGAAAGUAGUAUAUCAUGUUGUGUGAAAAAUCAAGAGACUGUCAACGUUAUAACUUGCACUUAAGUGUUUUAAGUACAACUUUCCAAUUCCUUUUCAAAUCAUGAGAGCACUUGGUUUUAAAGUGAUACUUUUACUAAUUAGAGUGUACUUAAUUGGAAAUAUUUGGUUGAGUUUGGAACUCACUUGUGGCAUUUUGGUUUAUUAAUUCUUAUUUUAAGACAAGUGAGAAGUGUUUGAUUAUCUUAGGAGACUUCUAUUUUUCAGAACAAUUUUAUUUAUCUUAUUUUUUAAACUUUCAAUAAUAUUAACUGUGUUCCCAACAUGUAUUUAUCAACCUUCCCUUUUCAUAAGUGACUUUUAAAAUACUGAAAAUCUGUUUUUUUUUUUUUAGAAAAAUAUGUGCCUUGGACAAUUUUGUAUGGCAAAUAAAAGUAUAGACAUAUUAAAACAUUGAUGCAUUUGAAAAGGUUAGUUUCGGUGGUUACAUAAUUUUAGUAAGAUCAUUUUGAGUUGAUAUUCUAAAUAGCACAUUGGCACAGUAAAGAAUCUGGAGACUAGGCUUUGUUAACUGAGUAUGUACUAG